AUGUCAUCAAGGGAAGAGCUGGCCUCUGGAAUAUUUGGGCCAUGGACAUCUAAAUACCAACGGGACUUGAUGACCUCCUUCCUUUUGGGGGCCCCAGGAGGGCCGGCUGGGUACCUUCGAAGGGCUAGUGUGGCCUUUUUGACCCAGGAGCUAGGCGCUGCCUUCUUCCAGAAGCAACAGCUCCCAGCAGCCAUGGCAGAUACCUUUCUGGAGCAUCUCUGCCUACUGGACAUUGACUCAGAACCAGUGACUGCCAGAAACACCAGCAUCAUCUGUACCAUAGGCCCCGCAUCUCGCUCUGUGGAGCGGCUGAAGGAAAUGAUCAAAGCAGGGAUGAAUGUUGCCAGGCUCAACUUUUCCCAUGGCUCCCACGAGUACCACGCUCAAUCCAUAGCCAACGUGAGAGAGGCGACCGAGAGUUUCGCGGGGUCACCCAUCACCUACCGGCCUGUGGCCAUAGCGCUGGACACCAAGGGGCCCGAGAUCCGCACCGGGAUCCUCCAGGGGGGCCCGGAGUCAGAAGUGGAGCUAGUGAAGGGUUCCGAGGUUCGGGUUACAGUGAACCCGGAAUUCCGGACUCUGGGGGAUGCAAGCACCGUGUGGGUGGACUAUCCCAACAUAGUCCAGGUAGUAUCGGAAGGAGGGUUAAUCUACCUCGACGACGGGCUUAUCUCCCUGGUGGUUAAGCAGAAAGGCCCAGAAGAACUGUUGACGGAGGUCGAGAGUGGCGGGAUCCUGGGUAGCAGGAAAGGAGUGAACUUGCCUGGUGCAGAAGUGGACCUGCCGGGGUUGUCGGAGCAGGAUAUUCUGGACCUGCGCUUCGGAGUGGAACAGGGCGUGGAUAUCAUCUUCGCAUCCUUCAUCCGAAAGGCCCAAGAUGUGACUGCCGUACGACAAGCCUUGGGGCCUCAGGGACGUGAUAUCAAGAUUGUCAGCAAAAUAGAGAACCACGAGGGUGUUGAGAGGUUUGAUGAGAUCCUGCAGGUGAGCGAUGGCAUCAUGGUGGCGCGGGGUGAUCUGGGCAUCGAAAUCCCGGCUGAGAAAGUCUUCUUGGCACAGAAAAUGAUGAUUGGACGCUGCAACUUGGCUGGCAAGCCAGUUGUCUGUGCCACACAGAUGCUGGAAAGCAUGAUCACCAAUGCCCGGCCAACUCGAGCAGAAACAAGUGAUGUGGCCAAUGCUGUACUGGAUGGGGCUGACUGUAUCAUGUUGUCUGGGGAGACAGCCAAGGGAAACUACCCUGUCGAGGCUGUGAAGAUGCAGCAUGCGAUUGCUCGGGAAGCAGAGGCUGCAGUCUAUCACAGGCAGCUGUUUGAAGAACUUCGUCGGGCAGUCCCCCUGAGUCGUGACCCCACCGAGGUCACUGCCAUUGGUGCUGUGGAGGCUUCAUUCAAGUGCUGUGCUGCUGCUAUAAUUGUGCUGACAACAACUGGCCGUUCUGCUCAACUUCUGUCCCGAUACCGUCCCCGAGCUGCUGUCAUUGCUGUCACACGUUUUGCUCAGGCUGCCCGCCAGGCCCAUCUGUUUCGUGGUGUUUUCCCCUUGCUCUACCGUGAACCCCCAGUGCCCAUCUGGUCUGAGGAUGUUGAGCGUCGUGUCCAAUUUGGCAUUGAAAAUGGGAAGCUCCGUGGUUUUAUCCGAGCUGAGGACCUGGUGAUUGUGGUGACAGGCUGGAGACCUGGCUCAGGCUCUACAAGCAUCAUGAGAGUCCUGAGGGUACCUGAGACUCCAUGUUCCCAUAAGCCUGAACCCUCAGAACCACGUUCCAAUGUAGGUGACUACCCCUAGCCAAUAUGGCAUUCCUUUAUAUAAUACCUCCUAACUCUGAGAUAACUCCUCCACUUGCCACCCUCAUGCUGAAACUUCAUCUCUUUCUAAACCUUAUACGAGACCACAGUCUCUUUCUAGUUCCUAGGUCUUGUCCCUGGAUACCCUCUUCUUUCACCAGGUGUCAUGAUGGUUCCUGGAGACUUGUGUUCAAUAAAAUAUCCAUUGUUGUAAA